CGAGACGCAUCCGUCUGCGUUUUUUAACGCAGACGCAUGCGUUAAAAAACGCUCGUCAUGCGCGAGGUAGUAUGGCUUCUUUAUCACAAUCAUUCGAGGCAGGUGAUGCUCCGCCGUACUGAAGCGCGCACAACAAACUGUAGCUCCAGAAUCGGCCAAUAUGCGCGAGGUAGUGUGGCUUCUUUAUCACAAUCAUUCGAGGCAGGUGAUUCCCCGCCGUACUGAAGCGCGCACAACAAACUGUCCAGCUACAGAAUCAACCAAUAUGCGCGAGGUAGUAUGGCGUCUAUAUUCACGUCUCGCUGUAGUUCAGCUGCCGGUGUCCUCCUCGUUCUCAACGUAGCUGCAGGUGUAGUGGGAAUCAUUUUCGUUGUCUCAGCGAUCCUUUCAGAGCCAGAGCAUGAGAACUACCUCAUGUGUCUGCCGUGUAGGAGCUGCGAAAAGGCUGGAAUCGGAUCACUCCGAGAGGGAGAGGUUUGUGUAAGAAACACCAAUGAACUACAAGGCGUUUUAAAACAGAUGUACCUGUCCGAACUAGACGAACACAAACGUUCAGUACCUAAGACGCCUAAAAAAGAGAUUGAUAGGAAGAGACUGCCCAGUGUGUCGUUUUUAAGUGCUAUCAAACCAGUUAUUCACUUGCAAGGUCUGAAUUCAGCUCUACAACAAGACGAAAAAUCGUUUUUAAAUGACACCUCAGUACGAGUGAUCCGAAGUUGGAAUGAAAACAAAGAAUCCCCCGUCAUUCUGAUAACGAACUCCAUGAGGUACGAGAACGGCGCCAUUACGAUCCCAACAAGAGGAGUGUACAGAGUGUACGUGCACUUCACCUUCACCCACAGGGACACCGGUCAUCCCGGCGUCAGCGGACAGACGUACGAGCAGCACGUGGUCAGGUACAACGCCAGGGACAGCACAGAGGAGGACCUGGUGAGCAGCAACAAGUCGCAGUGCGAGACGAUACACAAGGAACCCUAUGCGGAAUAUCUCACCUACAGCAGCACAGUGGUGUCUCUGAACCCCGGAGACACAGUCUACGUGAAAGCUAAUCAUUUGAAGAGUUUGAUGAAAGACAGCGAUAAACAUUGUUUUGGGGUACAUCUGAUCUGGUAACUAAGAUCAGACACACUUCCUCUUUACUAAACAAAAUGUACGUGUGUCGUUUUGUAAUAAAGGGGCGAAUUGUAAUAAAAAAACUAAACUUUUUUAUUUAAUUCUAAUCUACUCUAACUUUAUGUAUUUAAUUAAUUCGGGUUCUAGAAUUUUUUUUAAAUUAACUUAUCAUGGGGCCAGUAGAUUUGAAGGAGCAAACAAAUGCCAAAGAGAAAAUGUGCCCAAUUUCGGCGCAAUUUUGAGCGGUCGGUCAAAAAAGAAAGAUCAAGAGCUAACAUAGGUUUUGAUUUUAGUGAGUCGAGAGUAGUUCGUUAAUUAGACCUAUUUGAUGCUGGGGUGUCUCUCUAGGUUGCCCAUAGGACUACUAUUUUCGAUUAGCAGCAAGGGAUCUUUUAUAUGCACCAUCCCAAAGACAGGGUAGCAAUUUUGAUUAAGAAAAUUUGGCGCAAUUUUGAGCGGUCGGUCAAAAAAGAAAGAUCAAGAGCUCGUUAAUUAGACCUUUUUGAUGUUGGGGUGUCUCUCUAGGUUGCCCAUAGGGCUUGAUCGCUUCUGGUCUUAGCAUGACAACCCAAGAGAGACUCGUGCAGUUUGUGUAUAUACACCGGUAGGUAAGGCGUCGUGAUGUUGUCCCGGGGGUUUCGUUGGUCUUGUCGUCUUGAAGGCGGCCUCCUCUUCAGUGUCACCAAGUGCCCAAGUAGUCCACCAGCAGCAAGUAUUUAGGAUUGGGUUAGGGGAGGCUUCCCCUAGGUGCAUUGUAAAUCCGACGUCUGAAAACACCUCUUUAUAACGACAUUACAUAAUUACAGAUACCGUAGCACGUUGGCAGUACGCACACAGCCACUUAAAAUCCCUGAUUUCGUAGUGAGCUGACUGUGUCACAUGCUAUCCAAACUACCGAUGUCUGCGAAAUCUGUAAACAUGUAUUGCUUUUCCAAAUAAGCCUUAUGUUAACCAAUUAAAUGAUUAACUUCGAACAAUAAAAUCUUCUAUUUUCAUGGUAUGUUGUAAACGAAACCGGUACCAAUCGUAGAUGUCUUGAUUAGACUGACGGUGAAUGCGCCUUUUUAAAAUAUAUUUAAUGUUUUUUAAAAACAUAUUUAAUGUAUGUACGUGUAUUUGUUGUUUUUAAUAAUAAUUGUAAUGCUUUAAUUAUUUAAAUGCUAUUCAGUCAUCAGUUAAUAUUAAUUAGUAUUUUUUGUUACGUUAUUUUGGCAAUGGAGAUAACUCGUGACAAUUUGAUACACCGGCAAUUUCAAUAUAACGACAAAGUGACCCAGGGACGAACAUGGUCGUUGUAACGAGGUCUGACUAUAUAUUUAUUUACUUAUGAAUGGAAACUCCUCGGACAUCGGGCCACCGUUUUCUAGAACCUCGGAUUAUGGAAAGAAUUUUUGUAAUAUAGGUAUUUUCUAUUUUCAACUUAUUUUUAAUAAAAUUGUUGAUACCA